AUGUCGUUGAAUACUGUUCUCCUUGCUGGAGCCGCAAUCCGGUUUGCUGUGCCUACGUUGUUGCCUCAAAUCACCGACAUUUUGGCGGCCACUGUCGAGGUUUCUACGCCAGUCGACAGUUUCAGAUCCAUCAAAGAAGCAUUUUUCUAUUUGGACCAUGGUAUGGACGUCUACGAUGGAGGAGUUGUUUACCAUCCACCGCUUCUUGUGUCCCUUUUGAAGCUUAUUCAAGAAGCUUCACCGUCUUACUCUAGCAUUCUUUUCAAUCUCUUGUUCACGGUGGUGGACGUAGGAAUUGCGGUGAAGUUGGUGAAUUUGAACAGAUGGUACAAUGAGCAUCAGUCUCGAAGAUCUGGCAAGAAGUUGGUAGGUUUUAGUGACGCUCUCAUGGCUGCUUUCUUCAUGUUCAACCCACUAAUGAUUUUAACAUGCUGGUCGCAUUCCACGCUGCCUUUAACUUACUUUCUCAUUGUGGAACUGUUGAAUCAGGUGUUGGUGGAUAAAAAUCCUUACAGAGGGUCAAUUGCAUUGGCGGUAGCUGCAUAUCUUUCCUAUACUCCAGUAUACCUCAUUAUUCCUCUUUUGGCAUUGACUUAUGCACUGGGACAGACCAGUGACUGGAGAGACGAGAUUGUUCAGUGUGGUGGAGUAUUUUUUGCAUCCGUCGCUACUCUCAUGCUCUUAUCUUUCGUGUUGACGGCGCUGCCAGAUUUUUUUGAUCAGUGCUAUGGAACGGUGGUGCUGUACCUGAAGAUCUCACCCAACAUGGGACUCUGGUGGUAUCUUUUCACAGAGAUGUUUGACUUCUUCCUGCCAUUAUAUCGGGGCAUUUUCAACUUGUACUCCGUAAUUUUCAUUGUUCCAAUCACAGUGCGUUUCUUUGAAUCUGAGACCAAGCAAGGCGAUUCCUUUUUGGCCGUAGUCAUGUGCUACGUGUGGUUGACAUUCACAAAGCUGUAUCCAAUCAUCGGCGAUCUUGGUCUUGCUUUGUCAAUGUUUCCUAUUUUCAAGAAUACUGUGAUCCCACACGCGAAGUUCUUGUUCAUUACAGCAUUAAUGCUUAUAGUUGUGUUGCUUCUAGCACCAAUCUUUUACUACUGUUGGAUUGUUUUGGGCAAUGGUAACAGCAAUUUUUUCUACAGCAUGAAUCUCAUUUGGGGAGGCGUGCAUGUUUUGAUCUUCUUGGAUUUCCUUUGGGGUAGAUUGGUUUAUGAUUACAUAUUGACACAUGACGUCAAGGAAGAGCUGACACUUCGGUUGACUCAGAUAUGA